AGAAGCGCGGGGUGGAGGGAUCCGGAUUUCCCCUGGAGCGUGACUCGAUUCUCUUGCGCUGCUGUGCCGGCGUCCCGCGGCCGAGAUUAUAAAGCGCGGGCCUCUCGAGGGCAGCGAGAAGUGACGCUCGGGACUCGGCGCUACCUCGACAACAACAACGGCGCACGCCGGCGCUAUUUGUGCCCGGUGUCAGGCCGAGUUGCUGGUGGCCUGCUGGCGGCCUGGGAGUUGCUGGUGUCGGAAGCCACGCAGAGGCAUGUCGCGCAUCGAAACCUGAGCUCCCCGUUCUCUCUGCCUUUGUAAUCCGCUGCUGCGCAACUCUUGAUUAUCGGAGAGAGCGACCCGGUGGCUAAAGCGACAUGGGAUGCCGCCGCACAUCGGACAGAAGCUGGCUUCUGGCUUUGGUGUGCGGCGCUCUCCUUACCACGCACAGCGGUGGCCACGGCGCGUUUGCGUGGACGGUGCGCAACCCGCAGCUGCUGACCACGGACGUGGUGCGAUUCCCGGCGGAAUCGGGACGAGCCGGCGCCAAGCGCGAAGCCACGGUCUCCACAAGCGUCAUGGUGUCGCCGGCGGCCGGCGACAGGCCGUUCAUGUCCAGCGGUGGACUGACCUCGCUGGCUCGGGCGCCGUUCUCGCCAGCCAUCGUGCCCACGGACGGCCUGGCCGGCGCCACGUACCGCGCCAACUACGACCUCGGCUUGUCAGGACUGCGCGCGAGGCCCUGGCACGCUGGCGGGUCUCUCGGGCCGUUUAGACCGAGCCGCUACCCGUCCCGCUACGCCGACUUCCCGUCCAGCUACAUCGCCGACAAGAUCGAGUCGUACCUGCGCAGGCCGACCUGCCACGGACCCCGUUGCCACCCUCGACGCAAGGGAUUCCCAGCCUACUGGAACAGGAGGCCGCCGCCGCCGUACUCCAGGAGAGGCUACUACUACCCGCCGCCCGCCAGACGAUACCCGUUCCCGCCGCCACAUUAUUUCGCCUACGAGGACCACGUUGGUUCGGGCAGCAGCCCCCCCAAGACGACGCUGAGCCCGUACCACAACUACGGAAAGCGCUACCAGAAGCGCUACUACGCGUACUACUAUCCGACGGGAUCAAAGUACGCAUACGUCCCGUUGCCGCCGUACAAUGACUAGUUCCCGUGCUUGGGUCUAUCAAAGCAUUGAAUUUUUAGCGUUCUGCUCUUUCUUUUUUUUUUUUUUGUUCUGCUGAGACAUAUGAUGCUAUCCAAUUCGCACGUUCUGAUCAUAGAUAAUUAACGAUGACUGUUGUGGUUGUAACUGUCGUUAGAUAGCUGAACGUCCGAACUGGCUUCAGCCUGCACCGGAGUAGAUCGAGAGAAUAUAUAUUUAAUAAUGAAUCGAAGCCUAUUAGGUAAAGCGGCCACCGGGAUUAAGGUGAACUAUGACUCACUAUGGAAGUCUCGAGCGGAAGCUCUAUAAUGCGUUUAGUGCCUACUUAACGGUAUCCCGUGGCAUGGCUGAUCCAGCGUUCGAAGGACUAGAUUCACUGACGGCAGGCUUUGUUCCGACAGCUUACUAGACUGAGGUGUCUGUACUUAUAAAUAUGGUUAACAAGGCACAGGACAUCUCUACUAACAGGAAAAUGUAAACGGGUAAUGUGCGAUAUGCUUAAAAAAGCGAAGAAUCUCGCAUUCAUUAAGCCAUGGGAGCAUACUAUAUGAAAGAGUGCAUGUCAGACAUAUUACCCGAUGCUGGUUUUCAUUGGGAUUUAUUACUUACUAUGCCUCGAUUCCGUCCUACUCAACGGGCUUUGUACAUGUGAGCUGGAGUAUGUCAACUGCACCAUAUGGAUAAUGAGAGUAGUCCACUGUAUGAUUGCUAACUCGAGCUCACCAUAGCAUUGUAUGGGUUGAACCUUUGUUCGAGAUUAAAACACUAAAUAGUGGCAUUAUUGCUGAUGUAACAAAAUAUAGGGUAGUAAAUCAGUAUAUUAUUUAUUAUACAGAAGUGACCAAAGAACAUCAAAGAGGAAUAUUAUGGUUAAGAUUCAAAUAAAGAGAAUUUGGAUGGUUCCAUCA